ACUGUAACCAAGCGCUGCCUCUGUAGCCUGCAAAUGACGCCUGACUCGAGCAGGUACCGCGAUAGACACUACAACUGUGAUCCACCGACUUUACCAGUUACCCUUGUAUCUACCUCCGUACACAGCGAGAGCACCUCCGUAUCUCUACAUAGCCCUCUACUCUCCCGAACACCCAUAAUCCUGCUGGAGGCGCUGGAAUACUGGCGCCGCCAUGACUUGAACCUCCAGAAAUGUUCCGCCGCUCGUUGCUCUCCAUCCACAACACUCCUCUACGACGCCUGACGAGCCCUGCCACAGCUCCAUACAAUGGCUUUCUGCGAUAUCCAGCCUUUCGGAACUCCUCGACGCCCUUCUCGCGAUGGCGUGCAGCCUCCAAUCGACCCUACGAAUACCAAUAUCAUCCCCAGUCACCUGCUGUCCACGUUAUUCGCGAGGGACCCUCACGUCUAGCCCGCUUCGCCAGAUCCGUACUAUGGGCCUUCCUAUUCCUCACUCUAGGCACCUACGCAGCCUCGCGCUACAUGGUUGGGGCAUAUUUCCGACAAGCAAGAGUAAAGCUCGAUUCUGCUCCAGAUGUAGAGCUAGCCCACGACAUCCUAGACCAGAUCGAUCGACAUCCUGCCGUCCAGGCUCUGAAAGCGGACCCCGAGUUUGAAGAGGUACUUCCCCUGGCCACAACUCCCGAGAUUACAAAGGCAAUACAGACGGGGAAAGACCCCAGACUCGUUCAUCACUUGGUUUACACUGCGCUUCGCGGGUCCCGCGGCGUCUUCCCUCGAGCCUUCUAUUGUCACUCGCGUGCUACACUGGUCAUGGUGGUGGGAUUCAGUUAUGGCACAGAAGGGACAAUGGGAACUCUGCACAACGGAGCCCUGGCAACGAUGGUGCAUGAAGCGUUGAGAGUGCUAGCAGCAGCCUGGUUCCCUGCCGAGGUCUCGUACAAACUCGCGGACCUCCACAUGUAUUUCAGCAUUCCCCCGGUGUCGAAUGGCAUCUAUUGCAUCCGUGUCAUGCCUGCUAGCACCGUGGCAGACUUGGAAGAGAUCGUGAGCGAGCACAGAUCGAGAACCAAUGCACAGCCGGCGGAAAGCAAGAGCAAAAGCAGUCCAUUCGAUCGCUUUCUCCCCUCCUGGCUUCGAUCAGGGACGAAUUCGGACCCCGCCCACUAUCAACCUCCUAUUUGGCCUGAUUGGUUUGAUCCCACAGAUGAGGAACAAACGACCAAUACAAUGAUUGCCUCAGUGUCCAUGUAUGAUGGACAUCCUCUGGACGAGGCUAAUGCCGCCAUCGUGCACUGCGUCGGACGGUUUGAGGUGAAGCAAGAAGAGAGUCAGGCGUCGGAAGACUCUCCACGGCAGGAGGAGGAUGAAGUUACCCCUUGAAGAUGCGCCCAUGCUGCCUUCAUCCCCCUUUCUGAUGGUCAAAUCUAGUUUCCGAAGGAGUGGUCAUCCGUCCGGAGACAAUGGCAAAGUUAUUUCUUCGCCAACUCCAAGACUCCUAACGUCACAGACCCAGCCAUUCUCCUUCAGCCUCUCCCCACUUUGGCCCUGAUACAAGCUCAUGAUCGCUUGAUCCACUGAGCCACGCUUCACGCGCAACCGUUUGACGCUUAUCCCACAGUCGACUUUCGGUUCGUCGUGUGCACUGAUCCAGCACUGCGCCAUCAGAGCACGAGCAAUCUCCGCCCCACCCUGUACGCCUGCCAUGAUGUUGCCUCCGAGGUACCAGGGGUUUUGGGCGUGGUCGAAUGAGUGGAAGAGGAUUGUGAGCGGAAGCGCACCAGGAAGCCGGGCAAGAUGGUUCUGUAUGUACGGUUGGAGAUCACUCAAGGGGAGGCCAUGCGGCGAGUAAAUGAUGGAUAUGACAUUAGAUGGAUUAUGGUCUGAAGGAGACACGGGCGGUUGGUACGUGAUACCCCACGCAUUAUGCAAGCCCGUAAAAUAAGAUUUUGCUGGUACAAAUGCGAUGGCCAGCUCUCCUGGUGACCCUUGCGGAGACAGCGGAGGGAUAGGUAGUCGUAGUAAUGUUGUUGAAGUUGACGUAAACAGCGAUGUCGAUGGCGACGGCGACGGGGAUGGAGAUGGAGAAAGAGACCUCGAUUUAAUGUUAUUGUGAGUCUGAUUGUUGGUACUAAGAUCAUAUUUCUGUACGGCAACCACCCUCCCCGGAUCGAAAUACUUCCACCCUCUGAUAGUUUUGGCGGCCCCCGGUUCAGCGGCAAUGAUAGUCUUUGUCUUUGCAGGCAGCUGAAGCAGGGUUUCUCGAUGGCAAUGAUCCGGUUUAUUCUGAGAUAUAAUCAUGACGUCUGGCUCUCGUGGCAAUUCGGACAGAUGUUCGAUAGCGCUGGGGAAGCGGUGGGUUGUCUUUGCGAACCAGGGGGCCGUGAUGAUCGAUGGACCGGUAAGCCAUGGGUCGAUGAGAACGGUGGAUGUGGGAGUACUAGUAUUUUCAUGGGCCUCGUUGAACGUGAGUAGGAACGUUGAGUCGGCGUUGAGGUGUUUGACUGUUAGUGUCAUUGUCAUGCCCGCGGACAUGGAGGAUUAGAGUGCAUGUGUAGCCCUGCUAUCACUGUAGUAUAACCUGAGGUAUGUACAUGUACUGUAUCAG